UGGUCCGUUUUACUAUAUGAAGCAGCCACUCACCACAGACCCUGUUGAUGUUGUACCGCAGGACGGACGGAAUGAUUUCUACUGCUGGGUUUGUCACCGGGAAGGACAAGUCCUUUGCUAGGGAAAGAGAAAUGUCUUGCCUCCUGCCUGCUCUACCCUGGCCGCCCCCUCUGGGGACCCGCCUCUGCGCUGGCUGCAGUGGGGCAGCCCUUGGGAAGACAUGUCGCCUUGCCUGUCCCCGCUUCUUCACAAGCCUUGGGAGCGCUUUCAGACCUGCGGCUGUGCCUCUGCUGCUUCUGCCGUGAGUGCCUUAGAAAGGGACCUUGUAGAUCUGUAAUGGUUGACGAUGCCAUUUGAAAAGAUCCCGGGCUGUGUUUCCCUCCUUCCUUCGGCUUUGAGUCCUCGCCAGCAGCCCAGCUGGGAAGACCGCUCUGGUGUGUGUGUGUGUUCCACGUGGCGACGUCUCAUGUUAACUUCCGUGCAACAAGCAUUUCUCCAGUGCCUGCUAGGUACUGGGGAUUCAACAGCGCUUUCGACAGAGAGGAGGAUAACCUUUUAUUAUUAUUGUUUCUAUUUGGACAAAACUCCAAAGACAGUUACUUAUAAUAAAUAGGUUGAAGAAAUGUGGAGAAAACGGACUAAGAAUCCAAGCCUGGGAAGGUCACACCGAGAUAUGAGGAGGAUCUGAAGGGCAUGACGUCUGGGCAGAGGAAGCCGCAGGUUCGGUACUGCGUUCUAGAGUGAAGGUAGCCCACCCCGCGUCUCCUCAGCAGCAAGGGUGAACUAUUUCGUCACGCAGCUGACUGCCUGAGCUCCCUCUGUUCCACGCAGCUCGCUGAUGCUCUCUGCACUGCUGAAAACAAGUGUCAGUCGCUCACAUCAUCUCAUAGAGCAUCUCUGGGAUUCCACCGUGCACUGGAUUAGAUUAGCGUCCUGUGUGAGAGGGACGUGUCACCUAGACGUGUGUGUAGGAGGAACUCAAUACAGGAAAACACGCUCGUCUUGCCACUCUUGGGUGGGGAAAGGAGAAAAAGAAGAAAAAAUACUCGAAAUUAAUUAGACUUCGAAACAAAUGAUGAUGGCCCUGAAGGGGUCUUGUGUCUCUGUCGCAGCCAGAGCCAGCUGACGGCUCCCUCGGGGUUCCUCCAGACAGGCUUGCACACUCUGCUGCCAGUUCCCUCCUGUUUAGAGCUAGCUUACCUCCCCUUAGUUUUGUGGGUCCCUGAGCCUCCAGCAGUUUUCUUCUGUCUUGAGCAUCCCCUGCUUUGUCCGAGUCCCCAGAUAGAGUGUGGUUGAGAUAGGCUGCCAUCUUUGCAAGCGAUGCUUGUAAUGAGUGCUGUCUGAGACGCCACAGUGUGUGACCACCCUGUGUGGGAAGUAGCCAGUGAGUAGGGCCUGCCAGGCUGUUGGGAGCCAAGUUUGCUGUCUCACCAUUUAAGAUGAUGGCCCUUCUCUGUCCCCUAGGCCAUGGUUUCCUUAAAAGAAUAGCACGUGUCCUAACCUCUCCUUUUUUAAGUGGGAGAGUUUUUUCCUAGUGUCCUCCAGCUAAUUUGCCCUUGGGCUCCUUGGUCAGCAUUGCUCACCAAUUCCCCUGUUGAAAAAGCUUGACUGAGACUCCUAUCCUGUGCUAAUCCAUCAGUCCCUGCCAGGAAGGAGGAAGAAGCUUAGAGGGGGGUAGGCAACGCCCUCUAUGCCCACUAUGGUUCUGCAGCACCCAGAAAGAACUGGGAUCCAAGCAUGCAGGUCUGCUUGCUGUGUGUUCAGAUUCAGGGCCCUAUUUCCCCCGCUCCCCACCCUGGAGUGAAUAGGAAAUGCAGCUGAGACGAUCAAAUGGGGUUGAUUUAUAUGCUCUGCACCGUUAUCAGUUUUUGAGUGACUCUGGCCCUUUUCUUGACAACCAACCACACUGGGAGUUCACUGGAAGGUCGGCCCCUGAGCUGUGACAGAUGGAAACUGGUUCCAAAUUACCUGGAGGGAAUGUCUCAGCUCUCCUUCCACAGAGAGGCCAGAAGAGUCCCCGACAUUUUAGGAUUUGCUAUUUUUUUUUUUUUGUUGUUGUUGUUGUUGCCACGUAACCCUCAGAGUCCCCAAGAUCUGGUAUGAGGCUUCUGUGGCAGUCUGGUUCCACUUGUUUUUCUGGGUCUUUUCUUUGAUAGGAAUGUCCUUUCUGAGAUGACCAUUGUGAGCUGGGUGUGGUGGCACAUACUUGUAAGCCCACUUGGGAGGCUGAGGCAGGAGGAUUAGGAGUUUGAAGCCAGCCUGGGCUACAUAGCGAGAUUCUUUCUCCAAAGAGAGAAGAGAAUGGGAGGGGAAGGAAGGAAGGAAAGAAAAGAAGAAAGAAAGAAGAUAACAGUAGCAGAAUGCAUCGAGACACAGAGCAAAGCCAUGACGAUGCUGACCAUUGAACAGCUGUCCUACCUGCUCAAGUUUGCCAUUCAGAAAAUGAAGCAGCCAGGGACAGACGCUUUCCAGAAGCCCGUUCCCUUGGAGCAGCAUCCUGACUAUGCAGAAUACAUUUUCCACCCCAUGGACCUUUGUACCUUGGAAAAGAAUGCAAAAAAGAAGAUGUACGGCUGCACGGAAGCCUUCCUGGCUGAUGCCAAGUGGAUCCUUCACAACUGCAUUAUUUAUAAUGGGGGAAAUCACAAGUUGACGCAAAUAGCAAAAGUCGUCAUCAAGAUCUGUGAGCAUGAGAUGAAUGAAAUUGAAGUAUGUCCAGAGUGCUAUCUUGCUGCUUGCCAAAAACGAGACAACUGGUUCUGUGAACCCUGUAGCAAUCCGCACCCUCUGGUCUGGGCCAAACUGAAAGGGUUCCCAUUCUGGCCAGCGAAAGCUCUGAGGGACAAAGAUGGGCAGGUUGAUGCCCGUUUCUUUGGACAACAUGACAGAGCCUGGGUCCCCAUCAAUAAUUGCUACCUCAUGUCUAAAGAAAUCCCCUUUUCUGUGAAAAAGACUAAAAGUAUCUUCAACAGCGCCAUGCAAGAGAUGGAAGUUUACGUGGAGAAUAUACGGAGGAAGUUUGGGGUUUUUAACUAUUCCCCGUUCAGGACGCCAUACACCCCCAAUAGCCAGUACCAAAUGCUGCUCGAUCCCAGCAACCCCAGCGCUGGCACUGCGAAGACAGACAAACAGGAGAAGGUGAAGCUCAAUUUUGACAUGACAGCGUCCCCCAAGAUCCUCCUAAGCAAGCCCCUUCUGAGCGGGGGCGCAGGCCGCAGGAUCUCCCUGUCCGACAUGCCACGCUCCCCCACCAGUACGAACUCUUCUGUGCACACGGGCUCCGAUGUGGAGCAGGACCCCGAGAAGAAGGCCCCAUCCAGCCACUUCAGCGCAAGUGAAGAGUCCAUGGACUUCCUUGAUAAGAGCACAGCUUCCCCAGCCUCCACAAAGACGGGGCAAGCAGGGAGUCUGUCCGGCAGCCCGAAGCCUUUCUCUCCGCAAGCACCGACACCCAUCAUGACGAAGACAGACAAGACCUCCACCACUGGGAGCAUCCUGAACCUGAACCUGGAUCGAAGCAAAGCCGAGAUGGACUUGAAGGAGCUCAGCGAGUCAGUCCAGCAGUCGGCCCCCGUCCCUCUCAUCUCUCCCAAGCGGCAGAUUCGAAGCCGGUUCCAGCUCAACCUGGACAAGACCAUAGAGAGCUGCAAAGCACAACUAGGCAUAAAUGAGAUCUCCGAGGACGUUUACACGGCCGUGGAGCACAGUGAUUCAGAGGACUCCGAAAAGUCAGAGAGCAGCGACAGUGAGUACGUCAGCGACGAGGAACAGAAGCCCAAGAAUGAGCCGGAGGACCCUGAAGAAAAAGAGGGGAGUCGGGUGGACAAAGAGGCCCCUGCCGUUAAAAAAAAGCCCAAACCCGCAAACCCGGUGGAGGUCAAAGAGGAAGCAAAAAGUAACUCGCCAGCCAGCGAGAAGGCAGAGCCUGCACCCGCCAAGGACAAGGCCAGCCUUGAGCCCGAGAAGGACUCAGAGAAGGCAAAGCCUUCGCCUCACCCUACAAAGGACAAGCUGAAGGGGAAAGAUGACACGGAUUCCCCCACAGUGCAUUUGGGCUUGGACUCCGACUCCGAGAGUGAACUUGUCAUAGACUUAGGAGAAGAUCCUUCUGGGCGGGAGGGUCGCAAAAACAAGAAGGAGCCCAAGGUACCAUCACCUAAGCAGGAUGGUAAACCGCCACAGUCUAUUGCGGCUGGCAACCAGUCUCCCCCAGAGACUCCUGUGCUCACCCGCUCGGCCACUCAAGCACCCGCGGCUGGCGUCACGGUGGCCGCCACCACCAGCACAAUGUCGACCGUCACAGUCACGGCACCAGCCACCGCCGUCACGGGAAGCCCAGUGAAGAAGCAGAGGCCGCUGUUACCGAAGGAGACUGCCCCGGCCGUGCAGCGGGUCGUGUGGAACUCAUCAAGUAAGUUUCAAACGUCCUCCCAAAGGUGGCAUAUGCAGAAGAUACAACGCCAGCAGCAGCAGCAACAGCAGCAACAGCAGCAGAGCCAACAGCAAAGCCAGCAGCAGCAACCUCACUCUUCCCAGGGGACAAGAUAUCAGACCAGACAGGCUGUGAAAGCUGUCCAGCAGAAGGAGGUCACCCAGAGCCCAUCGACUUCCACCAUCACACUGGUGACCAGCACUCAGCCAGCAGCUCUGGUCAGCAGUUCCGGCUCCGCAAGCACCCUGGCGUCUGCCAUCAAUGCCGACCUGCCCAUUGCCACCGCUUCAGCCGAUGUGGCUGCAGAUAUUGCCAAGUACACCAGCAAAAUGAUGGAUGCCAUAAAAGGGACAAUGACAGAAAUCUACAAUGAUCUCUCCAAAAACACCACCGGAAGCACAAUAGCUGAGAUUCGAAGGCUGAGGAUCGAGAUUGAGAAACUGCAGUGGCUGCACCAGCAGGAGCUUGCUGAGAUGAAGCACAACCUAGAGCUGACCAUGGCGGAGAUGCGGCAGAGCUUGGAGCAGGAGCGGGAUAGACUCAUUGGCGAGGUGAAGAAGCAACUGGAGCUGGAGAAACAGCAGGCGGUCGAUGAGACCAAGAAGAAGCAGUGGUGUGCCAACUGCAAGAAGGAGGCCAUCUUUUACUGCUGCUGGAACACCAGCUACUGCGACUACCCCUGUCAGCAGGCCCAUUGGCCCGAGCACAUGAAGUCCUGUACCCAGUCAGCUACUGCCCCUCAGCAGGAAGCAGAUGCUGAGGCAAGCACGGACACAGGAAAUAAGUCAUCCCAGAGCGGCUCCUCCUCCAGUGCACAGUCGGCACCGUCAGAAACGACCAAUGCCUCCAAAGAGAAGGAGACAUCGGCGGAGAAGAGCAAGGACAGCUCGACCCUGGAUCUUUCUGGCUCCAGAGAGACGACACCCUCCUCCAUUCUCUUGGGUUCCAACCAAGGCUCUGUUAGCAAGAGGUGUGACAAGCAGCCUGCCUAUACCCCAACCACCACAGACCACCAGCCGCACCCCAACUACCCAGCCCAGAAGUACCAUUCCCGGAGCAGCAAGACCGGUUUGUGGAGCAGCAGCGAGGAGAAGCGAGGGUCAGCCCGCUCUGAACACAGCGCAGGGACCAGCACGAAGAACCUCUUGCCCAAAGAAUCUCGGGAGUCUCGGUUAGACACUUUCUGGGACUAGGGUGCAUUGUGAGCCAGGAUAUACCUCCCUGUGAGGGGAAAUAAACCCAAACCACAGGAAGCAACAGAAACUGGAGAACAGCCACCAUUCAAAUUCCCAACACUCAGGCUCUGCCCGUGGGCUUGGCUGCAGGGCAGCAACUUGACUCCCUCCCAGCAUGGGCCUUGGCUGGGACUGCUGGACCUCGUGAGCCCAACACUUUAGGUGUAAGUAGGUACACUUUGUGACGUCACUGACCUAGCCUACCUUCCUUUUUCAUAUCUAUACUGACCUUAACUUAUAAGAAAAAAAAAAGAAAAACAAGUUAUAUAUAAAAGAAUUCUACAACGAAAAGAAUGUUUUGCUAAUCCAGAGGGCUGGCUAGUUAGCUCUCUGGUAUCACUGUGGUGUCAGGGCUGGGCCCAGGAAUGGCUAUUCUCACACAGGUCCUCCUCCUUGGAUAUCCAGAGGUUGGAGGGGGGGUAGCCACUGUCGCUCUGCAGCACACCACGACCGGGGCUCUCAGGCUGUGCUGUCCUGGACCCGCCACACCAAGCCAUCGGCCCCUCGCAGACCCUACAAGACGAUGUUAUGAAACACAAGCUCGCUGGGCUCGAAGGACACAGAGAGAAGUGUGUGUGUUUGUGAUUUCAGCUAUGGUUCCCCAAGGGGCAAAGCAGCCUGCUGUUUAUACAAGGUCCCCGUGAGCAAUCCCUGCUCCAUCAUGGAUGCAGACGGCAUUCACGUGGGGAUGCCCCUUCUUGCUGCCAAGCGCUUUCCAUAAACACUCACACAGAUUCGUGAAGAGAUAACACGUCUCAUAGCAAGAACCCAAAAGCAAGGUGCACGGUGAGGACAUGUGAGCCCGUGGAUGGAGCAUGUAUGUAUAAUUUAUAUGCUGGAGUUCUACGUUUUUUAUAUAAGCAUGAAACACAGGCAGUGUGAGAGAAAGCCAGGACCAGUCAUGCUGUCCCGUUAACGCUACGUCUGCUGUAGGUUCCCAUUUUGUAUGUUGUGUAAAACGAGCAUCGAUCGAAGCAACAGGCGAUGUGUGUAUAUGAGAAAAAUUAAUUGUAUAUCAUUCCAGUACAUUCCGUUGUACAUUUUAGUCUUUGUUUACUUUCUCUUCAUUGUUGCUAAGAGAACGCAAGCUGUGCAUUGUCCAGCUAGUUUACCCCACUAGAGAAGAAAGGAAGAAAUGCCGGAGGAGAGCAGGAGAGAAAGAACAUUCGUGAAUUGCAGUUGUCAAAAAACAAAACAAAAAAAAACAAACAAUCUAGCCUAGCUGGCCUUAUUUGGGAAGCGUAACUGCUUUUAGCAUAUGGGAGUAUUUUUUCACAUUUUCUUUGUAUAAAAUUUGUAUUAAACUUAAAUAUCUUUUUUGA